ACGAGUGCGCGGCCAUGUUGAAUUGUCAAUAUUGUAAAAGAAGAGACAAAAGAGUGACAACUCGCGGCAUUUCUGGAAACUAGUUUAUACCAAACUUAUCUGAACUGCCGAUCUAAAGGCAAGCAACGAUCCAAUGGGUAACCGGGACUUUUUUCUGGUGAUCAGCGAUUCUUGAAGCACUUUGCAGACUGCCAUUGCAAAUUUUGCUGCAGAAGUACAGGAAACCAGAACAAGACAACCACAAACAUUUGAAUUCCACUGCCCAUACUGAAGAACGUUUCCUGGAAUGUUUUUUUUCUCAAUCCAGUAUUAAGCUCCAGCAAUCACGUUUGAAGAAUUAAUGUGAAAUCAGCAAAUCAUAAGCUUGAUAUGUAAUCAAGCAGAUCAUUCAGAUUUUGCAACUGGCCAUUUUGAAUGUAGAAACAUAGCGCUCAAACUUAAAUAACCAAAAUACUCAACGAACACACAAAAAUAUUACAAGGUUGUCACUACAACAAGAAUAUAUGCACAUUGAGACAAACAAGAAAUACAAGAGUUUAUGUUUUGAUCACAUUUUUGAUAUUAUUUAUAUGAAUGCUAAUUCUCCCUUUUUGGAGAGUUGUCUUGUAAAUAGACAUAAUUCAUACACAGACUUCUUCUUUUCAAGAGGUCUGAAUGUCAGAUUGUGUACACAAUACAUUCUUUAAAAAGCAAAGAUUAUUUUUCAGGUUUUAAUCCUACUACUAUUUUUACACGGGUGCAUUAAACAAACCAGAACAGUGAAAAAGAAACAAAUAUAAAAAUUGCACACUGUGAAGAAUUGCAAGUUAAAGCGUUGAACCCAUGGCUACAACAAGAACAGCAAAUCCAGCAGCAAUGAUUGGAUUGAACAAACCAGCAAAUGGGCAGCUCAGAGGACAGACCAAGCCAGGUGCACAACAGUUAGGACUUCAUUCAACUGUCCAACAGCUCAGUGCCCCCCAGGAAAGAACCAGCAUUCCUCAGAGCAGUGGCAGCAUUAGGUUUGGUGAUGACUGGAAGAAGUUGCUGGAGCUUCCUCCAAAAGACAACAGAAUGAAAACUUCGGAUGUGACAUCAACCAAGGGAAAUGAAUUUGAAGACUACUGCCUAAAGCGAGAACUUCUGAUGGGGAUCUUUGAAAUGGGAUGGGAGAAACCCUCUCCUAUCCAGGAGGAAAGCAUCCCUAUUGCCCUAUCAGGUAGAGAUAUCUUGGCGCGGGCCAAGAACGGUACAGGAAAAAGUGGAGCCUACCUCAUCCCUCUCCUAGAGAGAAUUGACCUGAAGAAGGAUCACAUCCAGGCGAUAGUAAUGGUACCAACAAGAGAGCUGGCCCUGCAGAUGAGCCAGAUCAGCAUUCAGCUCGGCAAACACCUAGGAGGGGUCAAAAUCAUGGCUACCACAGGAGGAACCAACUUAAGAGAUGACAUCUUGCGUCUCGAUGAGAUGGUGCAUGUAGUGGUUGCCACACCAGGCAGGAUACUAGAUCUGAUCAAGAAGGGUGUGGCAAAAGUGGAUCAGACCCAAAUGAUGGUGAUGGAUGAAGCAGAUAAGUUGCUGUCCCAGGACUUUGUGGCCCUGAUUGAAGAUAUUAUCAGCUUCUUGCCAAAGAAUCGCCAGAUUCUGCUCUACUCUGCCACUUUCCCCAUCACCGUGCAAAAAUUCAUGAGCAAGCACCUGCAGAAGCCUUAUGAAAUCAACCUGAUGGAGGAACUGACAUUGAAGGGCAUCACUCAGUAUUAUGCCUAUGUGACGGAACGACAGAAGGUCCACUGUCUCAAUACACUCUUUGCAAGGCUCCAGAUCAAUCAGUCUAUCAUCUUCUGCAACUCCACUCAGAGAGUUGAGCUUCUGGCGAAAAAAAUCACCCAACUGGGUUAUUCGUGCUUCUACAUUCAUGCAAAGAUGAUGCAGGAGUACAGAAACCGUGUGUUCCAUGACUUCAGAAAUGGACUGUGCAGAAACCUGGUCUGCACAGACCUUUUCACUCGGGGAAUUGACAUCCAGGCAGUGAAUGUAGUCAUUAAUUUUGACUUCCCCAAAAAUGCUGAGACCUACCUGCACCGCAUUGGCCGAUCAGGGCGGUUUGGUCACCUGGGUCUGGCCAUCAAUCUGAUAACUUCAGAGGAUCGGUACAACCUGAAGACUAUUGAGGACCAGCUCAUUACUGACAUUAAGCCCAUCCCCAGCAGCAUUGACAAGAGCUUGUAUGUGGCAGAGUUUCACUCUGUUGACCCAGAUGAAGAUGGCGAUGAAGGGGGAGCAAAAAACAAGGACCUGGGAGCAGCCUGAAUGAAUGGAGAAACAUGGCGCCUGGCAUUUGUCACUCAAUAUUGGCAGCACAUCACACAAGACAGAUGAAGAUUUGUUUCUUCCACUUUGCCAUCAAAAGGAUCUACUAUAGUUUUUUUUUUUUUCAUUACCCAAUGUGAGUUUACAACAGCUCCAUUUCUGUUUGUACAUAUGCUAGUGAACUGGUAUCUAAACAGUUGCAUGUAAAAACGAACACUUUAAUCAGUUCGUCUUUCUGCCACAGCGCUAGAGAUCGCUGUCCAUUUUUGCUGUCGCUUAAAGCUCAGUCACUCUUGACAAUAAAUGGCAGAUGUGAACCUUUUGGUUGUUGCUGCAAGAAUGACAAUGUGAAACCACAGGUGUAACCAGUGGAUAGUGCCAACCAUUAACUAUAUUGGUCACAUAUACAUCAUGCUAAAAACCUUUUGAGGAAAUGGUUAAAAGUAAAACCACACCUUAAAGAAAAAACUACGCUUGUUUACUUUUUUAAUACUGGGUUUGACCAUUGUUUCUGUCAGAGCAGCCAAAAUUAUUUGUGGCAUGGGUUCAACGUGGUGCUAGAAUCAUUCGUCAGAGAUGGAUUUAUGUUGGUAGCAUUAUGCAGUUAGUUGCAAAUUUAUCAGCGACUCAUUUAUGCUGCAACCUCAUGUCAAAGGUUCUCUGCUGGAUUGGUACACUGGACUUACUGUGAUAUUUGUGAUGACAAACUUGUGUAUUGUCCUGCUAAAAAUAGCCAUUAAAAGAGGUAGACUGUGACCACAAACUGAUGUGAUGUAUGGUCAGCAAUAAUGCUUCAAUUUCUGCGAUGCUUGCUUAGUAGCCAAGACUGUGCCAAAAAUAGUAAUCUCAUCAUUACACCGUUUGCACUUGCAUUAAAUUCUGACCCUCUCAUCUGCAUGAUGCAGGACAGUUUGUAGUUUCAAGACCAGGGAACAUUUUUCCAGUUUUAUACUAUCCAGCCACUGUGGGCCAGUGUCCACUAAAGCCACAGUUAUCAUUGUUGGCACACGUCUUCUAUAAAGAAAUGUAUUUACUGUCUUUCCUGUCAACUUGAAGCAAUCUUGGCGUCUUCUGACCUCUCACCAGUGUGACACUUUUACCCUCACAGCUGCCACUGGGUUUUUUUUUUGUUUUUUUUUGGCGACAGUAGCAAUCCGAGAGACUUCUGUGAAAAUCACAAGCAAUCACCACAAACAACCCUCCACAGUCACUGGGAUCACUGUUCUUGUCUGUUUUGAUGUUUUGUCCGAACAACUGAAUGUUGUCACAAGGCCUGCAUUUUUUCUGCAUUAGUUUUCUGGUGCAUAAUUUGCUGAUUGGAUAUUUGGAUUAAUGAGCAGGUAUCCCUAAUAAUUUGCCCCUUAAGUGGCAAUAUUUUGUAGCUUUGGUCAUCCUUCUUGUUGGUUAGCAGAACAAUUUUCCCAAUACCCUAAUUGUUGAGAUGGAGGAAUACAUUUUCAAAAUACAGUAAACUAUACAUACAUCCUUAUCCAAAAUAUUUUUGACCUCAUCAUUCACAAAGAAACCUAAGCUGAAAGAGUUGACAUAAAAUUACUUAUGUUACAAUGAAGAAGGCUUCCCAAACCAAAAUUACCACUUUCCUUUGAGGGAAAAGAAGGAUGCUGUGGCGUUCUAUUCCAGGUCACCUGAAACGGUGUUGCAGACUAUAUCCUUUCUGUAUUUUUUUUUUUUUUUUUUUUAAUCCCAGCAUUUACUGCUGAAGUAAGGUAUUAUAAGAUGCAAGUUUAAGGUCAUUGACACUGAAAUGAUUAUUGAUUAGGUGCAGACCCAAUAAUGAGAGUAAGUCAGUGUUUGCCAGAUGUUUUUGAUUCUUUUAUAAAGCCAUAGCACUUGACAGCAUUUCUCAGGUGUUAACAUGUUAAAAUCAGCCAUCUUGUUCAGUGUGAUUUGUGUAGUGUCUUCUCUAUAAAGUGCCUUAGUCUAACAUCAAACCUUUGCUUUGUCCAUACCCCUGACAUGACUAAUGCAAGUUUGUCAGUUUUAAAAGUCUAAAAAAUAGACCUACACUUGUCAUCUGAAUAUGGUACCACUUGAGACUUCUUGACUUCAGAACAGUGUUACAAAGUAUACAUCUGAGAUCCAAAAUUCAAUUUUGACCAUUUUCGUUACUGUCCAGCCCCACCAGGGAGAGUAACCAUGCCUCCGCCCUCUUUUACAGCAAUUCUAAAGGAGUUACCCUUGGUGAUAGGUUUUGGUUCCUCAGUGAUUUAAGUGCAGGCCAUGGUAAUUGUUCAAAACAUUUUCUGAGUUUUUUGUGUCAUCUCUGUCUUCAGGAAAAGUAACCUUCAUGUGUUGUUGAACAGAUGUAUUAUUAAAGAACAGCAAGAGUUUUCUGUUUGUAGUGUGUCAAUGCCAGUGCCAGAAACAAAUUAAAGUCAAGCUGACUGAC